UCCGAAAGAAAGAGAUCAACCAGAAAGAAGAAGGACCCAAACGCUCCAAAAAGAUCAUUAUCUGCUUACAUGUUUUUCGCUAACGAAAACAGAGAUAUCGUUAGAGCUGAAAAUCCAGGUAUUUCUUUUGGUCAAGUUGGUAAAUUAUUAGGUGAAAAAUGGAAGGCCUUGGGUGCUGAUGAAAAAGUCCCUUAUGAAAAUAAAGCUGACGCUGAUAAAAAAAGAUACGAAAAAGAAAAGGCUGAAUACGCUAAAAGA